GAUAACUUAUCGAAAUUUAACGAUACCUAAUACCUAUAGCCUGUAAUCUACAGUGGGUAUUGCUAUUGCAUGUUCAUAAAUACUGUUUCAGUUGAUUCGUAACCACGCCGCGUCUUUGCAUUCAUUUUUGUGUCGUUGUUUAAUUUAAUUUAUGUAUUUGCAUUAAAUAAUUAUGGAAUAUAAAAUUGAAAUUUUUGGUACAAAAUUAUUAAUUGACAAUUUUAUCAUGAUUAAAAACAAAAACCGUAAAAAUAAAUAUUAUUGGGAAUGUGAAAAGAGGAAACAUACUAAACGGCAUAAUAGUAAUAAUGAAUAUUGUAAUGCAAGAGCAGUAACAAUUCUUGUUGAUGGUAAUCAUAUUGUUAAAGAUAAUUCUUUUUUAAAUCACAACCAUGGGCCUGACCCAUGCCGAUUGUUGGUAAAGAAAAACAUAAAAUAUAUUGUUUCAAAAGCUCUGUCUUCGAGAGAUAAACCUUCGCAAAUAAUACAGGAAGCAACGAGUCGCAUCCCCGUCAAUUCUCAGCCAUACAUGCCAUCAGUUGAAGCAACGCGAAAAAUUAUUUCACGGUGUAGAAAACAUCAGAAUCCACCAGAACCAACAAGUCUUUCACAAAUAGAUAUUCCUCUUAACUUAUGUAAGUCUUUUAAUGGUCAAACAUUUUUACUAAAAGAAAGUACUAUUGAGAGUCACAAAAUAUAUAUUUUUUCUACUAAAGAUGAAAUAUCAAAACUUGUCAAUGCCAAUUAUUGGGUUAUGGAUGGUACAUUUAAAACUGUGCCAAGUAUAUUUUUACAAAUGUACACUAUACAUGCACCUGUUGGUGGAAAUAAUUCUAGAAUUUUGCCAUUAGUAUAUGUUUUAAUGACCAGUAAACAACAAUGUUGUUACGAACGUUUAUUCGAAGACCUAAUAUCAAUUUGUGAUGAUUUCGGUUUCGAUGUUUCACCAAAAUGUAUUAUAACAGAUUUCGAAAAAGCUGCAAUUAAUGCAGCUAAUAAAGUAUUUCCAGAAUGCCAACAAAAAGGGUGUUUUUUUCAUUUAGGCCAAAAUAUUUGGCGAAAAAUCCAGUCUAGUGGAUUGGCUACUAAAUAUGGAGAAAAUGAAGAAUUUAGUUUACAACUUCGAUGUAUGUGGUCACUUGCAUUUUUACACCCAUCAGAUAUACCUAAUGCUUUUGAUCAAUUGAAAGAUUCAUUACCCUAUGACAUUCAAAAUUACUUUGAAGAAAAUUACGUGCAUGGAAAAGUACGAAGGAAAUUUAGAAAUGGAAUAGUAUCUCGAUAUGAGCCAUUGUUUCCACCAUCAUUUUGGUCAAUACAUUUCAAUCAUGAAAACAAUAUUCCAAGGACACAAAACAAAGUCGAAGCAUGGCACAAAAGAUGGAAAGUAUUAGUAGGAGCUGAUCACGUUGGGGUGUAUCGUAUAAUUGAGGAAAUGAGAAAAGAGCAACAACACGUUGUGGGGCAAAUUCAAAUUAUUUUAUCCGGACAAGCAAGGCCAAAACAAAGUUCAAAGUACGUAAAACGUCAAAACCAAAUUCAAACUAUUCUAAAUGAUAAAGAAAACAGAACAACCCUCGAGACAAUAAGAGGUAUUGCAUACAAUUUGCACUAUUAAUUUUUAUUUAUUAACAUUUAACUAUAUAACAUA